AUGUAUGAAGUCAAACUGCCAGACUCCAUUUUACACUUCGUCAGAGCAGGAGGAGGAAAGCACGACUGGAGAAGAUGAGUGAUUUUAAAGAUGAGGAAGAGGACACAUCCUCAGUCUCCAGCUGUCUGUCUCUGAAGAGUGAACGGUCUGAAGAGGAACCUCCAGACUUCAGUGAUGAACCUGGACCCUCAGACAGGAAAGGGAAGAGGAAGAGUCCUGUUCCUGUGGAGGAGCAGCUGUCCAGCUGUGCUCUGUGUCAGGACGUCCUGAAGGAUCCAGUCUCUACCAGCUGUGGACACUGGUUCUGCAGAAAGUGCAUCACCUCAUACCGGGAGCAGAGACCUCCAUCAGGAGACUCCUGCUGUCCUCGGUGUGGAGAAAGAUGCAGCAUUUUACAAACAGAUCGUGGUCUGCAGGAGGUUUUAGAUGAACAUAGGCUCAGUCUGAGGAGGAGAUGUGAACGUGUGACUGAAGGAACUGAUGAAAGUGAAACCCUCCUCAACAGGAUCUUCACUGAGCUCUACAUCACACAAGGCCUCAGUGAAGAGGUUAAUACCCAGCAUGAGGUGAGUCAGCUGGAGACAGCUUCCAAGAAGAAGACCCUCCAUGACACUCCAAUCAAGUGCCAGGACAUCUUUCAAGCCUCACCUGACCAACAGACUCCCAUCAGAGCGGUCCUGACCAACGGAGUCGCUGGAGUUGGAAAAACCUUCUCAGUGCAGAAGUUCACUCUGGACUGGGCCGAGGGUUUGGGGAACCAAGAUGUCAGUCUGGUGAUCCCGCUCUCCUUCAGGGAGCUGAACCUGAUCAAAGGUGAGCAGUACAGUCUUCUCAGGCUGCUCCAUGUUUUCCAUCCAACCUUACAGAAGGUCACAGCAGAGCAGCUGGCUGUCUGCAAAGUGCUGUUCAUCUUUGACGGCCUGGAUGAAAGCAGACUUUCUCUGGACUUCAGAAACAAUGAGGUUGUGUCUGAUGUCUCACAGCAGUCCUCAGUCAACGUGCUGCUGACAAACCUCAUCAGGGGGAAGCUGCUUCCCUCGGCUCUCGUCUGGAUAACUUCCAGACCUGCAGCGGCCAAUCAGAUCCCUCCUGAGUGUGUGGACAGGGUAACAGAAGUACGAGGCUUCACUGACGCCCAGAAGGAGGAGUACUUCAGGAGGAGAUCGAGUGAUGAAGACCUGUCCAGCAGAAUCAUCUCUCACAUCAAGAGCUCCAGGAGCCUCCACAUCAUGUGUCUGAUCCCAGUCUUCUGCUGGAUCACUGCUGCAGUUCUGGACCACAUGUUGACUACAGACCAGAGAGGAGAGCUGCCCCAGACCCUCACUGACAUGUACUCACACUUCCUGCUGGUCCAGACCAAGAGGAAGAAGCAGAAGUAUGAAGAGGGACAUGAGACGAGUCCACAGCAGCUGACGGAGGCUGACAGGGAGCUUCUUCUGAAGCUGGGGAGGCUGGCAUUUGAACAUCUGGAGAAAGGAGACAUCAUGUUCUACCAAGAAGACCUGGAGCACUGUGGCCUUGGUGUCACCGAGGCCUUGGUGCACUCAAGAGUUUGUACAGAGAUCUUCAAAAGAGAGAGUGUGAUCUUCCAGAAAACAGUUUACUGCUUUGUUCAUCUGAGCAUUCAGGAGUUUCUGGCUGCAGUCUACUUGUUGCACUGUUACACCAACAGAGACACAGCGGUACUGAAGGACUUCCUGAAGAGAGUCUGGGACGAAGACAACAGUGAUAGCAGUGAUGACAGCAGUGAUGAUGAUUACCCAUCCCUGGAUGUCUUCCUUAAAGGAGCCAUGAAGAAAUCCCUCAGAAGUAGAAAUGGCCACCUGGACCUGUUUGUCCGCUUCCUCCACGGCCUCUCUCUGGAGUCCAACCAGAGACUGUUAGGAGGCCGGCUGGGUCGCACAGACAACAGACCAGAAACCAUCCAGAGAGCCAUCAGCAACCUGAAGGAGAUGAGCAGUUAUAACAUCUCUCCUGAGAGGAGCAUCAACAUCUUCCACUGUCUGACAGAGAUGAAGGACCACUCAGUACAUCAGGAGAUCACAGAGAUCCUGAAGUCAGAGAACAGAUCAGAGAAAGAACUCUCUGAGAUCCACUGCUCUGCUCUGGCCUACAUGCUGCAGAUGUCAGAGGAGGUUCUGGAUGAGUUGGACCUGAGGAAGUACAAAACAUCAGAGGAGGGACGACGGAGACUGAUUCCAGCUGUGAGGAACUGCAGGAAGGCCAAACUUUCUGAAUGUGGGCUCUCACAGACUGAAUGUGAAGUUGUGGCCUCAGCUCUGAAGUCCGACCCCUCCCAUCUGAGAGAUCUGGACCUGAGUUGGAACAAGCUGAAGGAUUCAGGAGUGGAGCUGCUGAGUUCUGGACUAAAGAGUCCAAACUGCAGACUGGAGACUCUCAGACUGAGUGGCUGUAGGUUGUCAAAGAUCCGCUGUUCUGCUCUGAUCUCUGCUCUGAAGUCCAACCCCUCCCAUCUGAGAGAUCUGGACCUGGGUUUCAACGCUCUGAAGGAUUCAGGAGUGGAGCUGCUGAGAGAUCUUCUGGAGAGUCCAGACUGCAGACUGGAGACUCUCAGACUGAGGGGCUGCAGUUUGUCAGAGAUCAGCUGUUCUGCUCUGAUCUCAGCUCUGAAGUCCAACCUCCAUCUGAGAGAUCUGGACCUGAGUAACAACGAUCUGCAGGAUUCAGGAGUGGAGCUGCUGAGAGAUCUUCUGGAGAGUCCAGACUGCAGACUGGAGACUCUCAGACUGAGGGGCUGCAGUUUGUCAGAGAUCAGCUGUUCUGCUCUGAUCUCUGCUCUGAAGUCCAACCCCUCCCAUCUGAGAGAUCUGGACCUGAGAGACAACGAGCUGCAGGAUUCAGGAGUGGAGCUGCUGAGAGAUCUUCUGGAGAGUCCAGACUGCAGACUAGAGACUCUCAGACUGGGUGGCUGCAGUUUGUCAGAGAUUAGCUGUUCUGCUCUGGCCUCAGCUCUGAAGUCCAACCCCUCCCACCUGAGAGAGCUGGACCUGAGAGACAAUGAUCUGAAGGAUUCAGGAGUGAAGCUGCUGAGAGAUCUUCUGGAGAGUCCAGACUGCAGACUGGAGACUCUCGGACUGAGGAGCUGCAGUUUGACAGAGAUCAGCUGUGCUGCUCUGGUCUCAGCUCUGAAGUCCAACCCCUCCCAUCUGAGAGAUCUGGACCUGAGUAACAAUGAUCUGCAGAAUUCAGGAGCGGAGCUGCUCUGUGAUCUUCUGGAGAGUCCAGACUGCAGACUGGAGACUCUCAGGAUAGAUGGCAGAACGAUCACAGCCAAUAUACAGAAAAAACGUGUCUCCGAUGUGGAACAGAAUGUUUCAACAGACAGAAAGGCUCCAGUUUCCUUCUCACCUGAACACACAACUGAAUCUUCAUACAGUAGCUCUCAGAUGAAGAAAGGUUGGAGACCCCUGUGUGUCUACAGGUUCAGGUGUCCUGGUCCAGGUGAGUUCCAGUGUGCUUUGACUGGCCUGGUGUUCGUCAUGGCUCAGGAGGCGGAGCUUCUGUACAGGGCGGUCCCUUGGGAGGAGGGCCUCCUCCAAUCAGCUGGCAAGCAGGCAGCAGGGCCGCUGUUCAACGUGGAGAGUUCUGAUGAAGCUGCCGUCUGCCAGCUCCACCUGCCACACAGUGAGACAGAGGAUGCGCUGCUCCUGGACGGCCUGUUGUCUGUCGGCCACAUCACUGAUGAAGGCCUGAGCAUCUUGGAGCCGCUGGAGGUCACACCCACUCACGUGGUGGUGAAGGUGCUUCACCUCUCUCUCUUUGGCCUGGUCUGGGAUAGCAUUAAAAGGGUUCUGCUUCCGCGGAUAAAGGGCAAAAUUCUGCUGUUCCUGCGACCCCCGGACCGAGAGGAGCAAAUACUGGAUGUAUUUCUGCUGCAGAACAACGUCCUUAAGGAGGAGGUUGCUGUCAAACAAGGAAGUGCUGUGUUCAUCAAGAUGUCCUCCCGCUGUGAGCUGGACAUUGAUCACAGUUACAGUGUGCACUGUGAACCUGAGGGCUUCCUCAUUCAGCCUGAGCAUGAAAAAUUUGAAUCAAUGUUUGGACCAGAUUACGAUCCGACAUUUGAAGUUUUCCUGACGACGAGAACAGAGAGAGUGGAUUUGAAGGUCCAGGACCAAGGUGGAAAUGAAGUCUGGAAACGGCACGUGUCACUGGAAGGUCCAAGACGGGAAUUUACCCAGAGAAAUGUCCCAGCAGAGGACAGAGUCCCAGCAGACCAGAGGCUCAGUGGCUCAGUUCGGACACAGUUCAUUAACAGAGUGUCUCAAGCUGUUCUGAAUCAGCUUCUGGAUAAACUUAUUGAGCGGGAAGUGAUCACUUAUUCUGAAAUGACAUCAGCCAGAGUGAAACCCCAAUUUGAAAAAGCCGGAGAGGUGGUGGACACGGUGCGACGAAAAGGAGCUGCAGCCAGCAGGGUUCUGAUCGAUGCUCUCCGAGAGAUAGACCCGUAUCUUUACAGAGAGCUCGGCUUGAGCUGAAGCAAACGUGAGAUGAGUGGAAUCUCUAGAUCAGCCGCCUGGUGUACCGUCUCACCUUUUGGUACAAACGAUAAUAAACGAUGUAUGAAUGAUAAACUAAUUGCGCUAGGACUAUCACAUCAUCCUAUGAGGACAAUGCUUUUCAGCGUUUAUGAUUUGGUUGCGGCUCUAGCUCAAAUGCAAGUGAUAAAUGAUAUGUUGAUGUAAUCAUUUAGUAGUAGACUUGUAAGAGUUUGUAUCUUUAUGGUUUGUUGGAGCCAAUUUGCUUUGGGUUGUGCACGGGGUUUGUCUAUGUGUGUGAACGCGUCAUCAUCCAAUCUGCGCACCUGGGAGCACGGGAGGUAAUUAAGCUUUAUAUGUGGGCACAGGUGAUCAGCUGGGAUGAGAGGUUAGAGAGGAAGCCACACGUUUUUCAACCGUGUUGACCGUGAUUGUUUGUGUCUGAGUGUGAUAGUUAUGUUUUAACCAAGAUUUUAGAUAGGCCUACGUGAGUCGUAAAAUAACAUUUUAACCUUGGAGAAAGAAAUAAAGCAUUACAAAUGAC